AUGGUCCUUGUGGUGUUGCUGCUCAUUCGGCUUCCUCAUAUGGCAUGCAAGGCUCCCGUUAAAUGCAGGGUCCAGUAUCCACACAGUCCACUGCACAAAUACCAUCAGAAAGGAGACCUCAUCAUUGGUGUCAUUGCCUCUCAAAGUUUCAUCGUGUCCAGCUCAAUAUCGUUCACUGAAAUACCACCUCCAGUAUCAGCUGAAGAGUUGAUAGUAGUACCUAAAAAUUACCAGCAUAUCUUGGCCUUGGAAUUUGCAGUAAAGGAGAUCAAUGAUAACCCUCAGCUCUUACCCAAUGUCACUUUGGGUUUCGACAUCUAUGACAGUCAUUUUACUGCAAUGAGGACCUAUCAUGCCACCAUGUUACUCAUGUCCACAUUGGAGAGAUAUUUCCCUAACUAUGUAUGUUACACCCCGAAUAACCUAAUAGCUGUCAUUGGAGGACUGGACUCUGAAACCUCCCUUCAUGUGGCAAAUAUCUUGGAUAUCUACAAGAUGCCCCAGGUCCAUCAUUCCCUGAGAACUGUCUCAUUUAACAACAGUGCUGGGGACACAGUUUCCUUUGACAAGAAUGGGGAGCUAGUGGCUAGAUUUGAUGUGAUCAACUGGAUUUUUUCGUCAAACCAAACUAAACAGAAAAUUGGCCAGUUAGAUCCUGAGGCUCUUCCAAACCAAGUGUUCACUAUCAAUGAGGAUGUCAUAAUUUGGCACAGCUGGUUUAACCAGACUCGUCCACUCUCAGUUUGUACUGACAGCUGCCAUCCUGGUUUUAGCAAGAAAGUGAAGGAGGGGAAACCAUUUUGCUGCUAUGAUUGCAUUCCGUGUCCAGAAGGGAAGAUUUCAGACCGUGAGGAUAUGAAUGACUGUUUUAAAUGUCCAGAUGAAUAUUAUCCCAACAAAAAACAGGAUUUGUGUAUUCUGAAGGAAAUCAGCUUCUUGUCUUAUGAAGAACCUUUGGGGAUCAGUUUAGCCUGUUUUUCUCUUUCCUCUUCAAUCAUCACAGCUCUGGUGCUAGGGACGUUUCUGAAGCACCACAACACUCCCAUUGUCAAAGCCAACAACCGGGACCUCACCUACAUGCUCCUCCUCUCCCUCCUGCUCUGCUUCCUUUGUGCAUUGCUAUUCAUUGGACAGCCUCAGAAGGUGACAUGUCUUCUGCGACAACCUGUUUUUGGCAUCAUCUUCUCAGUGGCUGUUUCUUGUGUGCUGGCAAAAACGAUCACAGUGAUUCUGGCUUUCAUGGCCACCAAACCAGGAUCCAGGAUGAGGAAAUGGGUGGGGAAGAGGCUGGCCAACUCCAUUGUGAUUUCCUGCUCCUUUAUUCAAGUAACCAUUUGUAUUAUGUGGUUGGCAUUUUCUCCCCCAUUCCCAGAUGUCGAUAAGCACUCAACUUACGGAGAAAUUGUUCUAGAAUGCAAUGAGGGUUCUGUAACUAUGUUUUACUGUGUCCUGGGUUACAUGGGCUUUCUGGCUAUUGCCAGUUUCUGUGUGGCUUUCCUUGCCAGGAAGUUGCCUGACAGUUUCAAUGAAGCCAAGUUCAUCACUUUCAGCAUGUUGGUCUUUUGCAGUGUUUGGUUAUCCUUUAUUCCCUCCUACCUAAGCACUAAAGGAAAAUACAUGGUAGCUGUGGAGAUCUUUUCUAUCUUAGCCUCCAGUGCUGGGUUGCUGGGGUGCAUCUUUUCCCCUAAAUGCUAUAUCAUUGUUUUAAGGCCUGAAUUGAACGAUAAGGAACAGCUUAUAAGACAAAAGGCUGGAUGA